AUGUCGGUUAAUGACCUCUCGGAGAGCUUCUGGCUCUGCGUGAACGUCACCGACGACAAAGACGCUUUAGACAUUGUCAUCUUUGUAACCGAAUUUGUAGGCCUGGUUCCGGGUCUCUUGGUAGCCGUACUGCUCUGUAGACUGGAUGGCAAAACCCGAACUAGUCUGCUGAUGCUUCGAACCCUGGCCAUAUGCUCCGUCCUACAACUGAUUAUUAAUUUAAUUGGCGACAUCUACCCCUAUUCAAUACGCACCGGCAGCUACGGAUUCAACCUCUUCUUAUGCGCACUGUGGACCAGUCGUUUCGCCUUCUGGAUCUUCGCCAUAAUUGGGGCGCAUGCACAGGUCUACUUGUGCACAAAUCGUGCAAUGCAGAUCGUCUCCAAUCUCCAACUCUCCUUUGCGUCUAGCCGGAACAUUGACCUUGUCUACAUAGCGGGCCUGGUCCUCUAUAGCACGUUAAUAACCGUACCUCAAGCAUUCACGAUAGUCUAUGAUGGAGAUGAGUGCUACUGCAGUGAGCAACUGACGUAUCUCUCCUACCUUCAACUUGCCUACGCACAAGUCUACAUCUUCUUCAUUCAAGUUCUGCUGGUAAACAGCAUAGUCCUAUUCACCACCUGUUUCUGCGUCGUUAAGUAUGUUAAAAAUACACCUCAUGAAAAGUUCAUGGACACCUUGAAUGCCCUAAGUUUUUGCAACACCCCAGAGGAAGAACUGAAAGCCUACACUGAAGUAAAAGGCUGGUCUACCUCAACCAUGUGCAUAGUGCCCAUGUUUGUGUCCUAUUUCAUCUCCUUCUCCUACGACACGACCUACCAGUUUGUCAGUGCCAUUGGCUUGACUCACUACCCGAUAAACGGCUUAACCCAGAAGGUUGGCGUUUGGAUUCAACUCAUUCAUCCCGCCCUCAUUCCCUACUAUCUCUUCUACUACAUUCCUGCUUUGAGAUUUUGGGUACGAAGGCGAUGGCACUGGGUAAUGAGGUUCUGCAGACGACGAAAAAAACAUCAUCUGGUGUGA